CCAAUUGUCAUAGCAACGGGUCGCGCGUCCCGGAAGUGUCGGCGGCGGCCGGGCAGUCUCCCCGCGGUUCCAGCGGCGGCGGCCGGGGGAGCGAUGCUGGGCCCGUGGAGCCAGCGCCCCCGGGAGGUGACGGGCUCCACCCCGCACUCAGUGGCGCUGAGGGCCAAGUUUCCUAAACCUGAUAAGUCUGAAUGUUUCGUCUUGGAAUGCAGACGUAAAGAAAAAGAACGUCUUGAAUACUUGGCUUUCACAAAGGUUCACAACAGAGGUCUGCAGGUCAGUCAGUGGGAGAAUCACAAUGAACGCAGAAGGCUUCACAGUAUUGUACAGAAGAAGGUCGAUCAGACGAUGCAGGCGUACCUGGCAGGAACUGAGGAUAGAAGAGAGAGGCUUCGGGCACUUCUGGAAGCAGAAGAAAAGAGCUAUUUCACUGAGAUGGAGUCAAUGGAAGAAACCAUGCUGGAAAGAGAAGCAAAAAUGAGAGAGCGAGCAAAAGUGCUGAGAGAGAAGAGAGAGGAAGAAAGACAAAAAUUGGUUGCUCUAAAGCGAGAGCAACAGUUCAGAGAACAGUGUGAAGAGGUUCGUUUACAAUGGAGUAAGAGACAUCAGCGAGAGGUGUGUUCAGACCGACUGGCCCAACUGGCCCUUAAGGAAGAAUUGAAGAAGCAAGAGAAGAGGGAGGAACAGAUAUUUGCAGAGCUUUGGGAAGAGGACCGAUUGGCCAAGGAAAAACGAGGGAUUGAAGACUUCCAGAAAAAAUCUGAACAGAAUCAAGAAUUGCUGAAUGUGCUUGAUGCCCAGGUAGCUGCACUGGAUGCUCAAAAAGAGGAGGCAAAGCGACUGAAAGAAGAAGAGGCUCGAUUAGUGGAAGAGGAAAUGAAGCUGUUUAAACUAGAAAAUGAGCGAGUUCAGAUGGAGAAAUUACAGAAACAGAAGGAACACAGAGACAUGUUGAUCAAUUCAGCUCGGGCAAAGAUGAAGCGUCUUAAUCGGGAAAAACAAGAGGAACUUGCUCUAGACAUGAAGAUCCUAGAACGACUUUCCCAUGAAUCCCAGGAAGACACAGAGGGAAAAAAUCAAAGAAAACAAGAGCUGUUCAAGGAGCAGCAGAUGUAUCGGGAAUAUCUGGCUCAACAAUUGGAAGAGGAGACACGUCGAGAGAAAGAAAUGGACAAGCUGCUGGAGGAAGAGAUGGAGAAGUCUUGGGCCAAGAAGGCUGAGCAAAUGAGAUUGGAAAAGGAAGCUAGGAAACGGCUAAUGAAAGAUGUCCUGGAUACAAGACGACUGCAGAUUGAGGAGAAGUUGGAGAGAAAUGCAAAGCAGCAGGAAGAACUUGCUCAGGAUAAGGAAAUAUUAGCUGAAGCCAUUAAAGAACUCAAUUCCAUAGAAGAAGAAAAAUAUUUAAGACGAAUGCAGGAGGCAAAAGAAUAUCGGGAGCAGCUGCAGGCUCAAAUUACCUAUCAGCAGCAGGCCCACAUUGCUGAGGAAGAAGAGAAGCAGCGAGAAUAUGAAUCAGGACUAGCAGCAGAGAGAGUGUACCAAGAAAAGAUGAAAGACAUUCUAUCAAGACCCUACAUGAAACUAGCAGAAAUCCAUCCCUUGAGAAGAAAACUAAUGUCUAAUCUGCAAGUAUAGCAUUUACUUAUUGUGAUGUAUACAACUUCAGCUUCCUUUAAACUGUAUUUAAAACAGUAUAUAUGAAUUUGUACUUUUCAUACUAAUUAAUAUAUCUGGUUCCACUUUCCCUGUAUUUGUAUGCAAAUCAUUUUAAGGCGCAUAUAUGUAUAAGAAUUAGACACCUUUUCAAAGGGCUAUUUUUCCCCUUUGGAUUUUCUUUGAGACAAUAACUUUUCCUCCGUUUAGAUUUAGGCAUUUUUACAUUUUAAAUAAAACAACAUUCUGUAUGAAUAGCA